GAACGAGAUCUCGCACCUAGUUUCUCGCCUCACCACCAAAGAUGGCGUUUUGCUGAGUGCUCAUGGAUACACACAUUUUCCAGCUCGUCGUUGUCUUACUUUAAAAAUAAAUCAACCGCAUAGCCACUACGUCCUCUCCACCUGAAGCCACCAUGCAGAUCACUCUGAAGACCCUGCAGCAGCAAACCAUUCAAAUAGAGAUAGAUCCCGUUCAAACGGUGAAGGCCUUAAAAGAGAAGAUCGAAGCAGAGAGGGGGAAAGACAACUUCCCCGUCUCCGGGCAGAAGCUGAUCUACGCUGGGAAAAUCCUGCAAGAUGACACGCCCAUCAAGGACUACAACAUCGACGAGAAGAACUUUGUGGUGGUGAUGGUUUCCAAGGCUAAACCUGCAGCUGCCGCUUCGCCCCCGGCCUCAGAAGCUCCCAAACCCCCCGCUCAGGACUCUGGCUCCACGUCAACAGCUGUCCCGGCUGCAGCCACCGCCGCGACCCCAGCAGCUGUCCCCAUCCCCCCCGAGGAGGCCAAAGAGGAACCAAGUGCCGCAGCCACGGAACCACCACAACCCACCAGCUCCAGUACCGCGGGUCAGGGUUUGGAUGCGUCCUCAGCGCUCGUGACGGGCGCGGAGUACGAGGCGAUGCUCACAGAGAUCAUGUCGAUGGGCUACGAGAGAGAGAGAGUGGUGGCUGCACUCAGAGCGAGUUUCAACAACCCCCACAGAGCUGUGGAGUACCUGCUCACUGGUAUCCCCAGCAGCCCGGUGCAGCAGGAGAGUAACCCCCCCGCACCGGCCCCCGCGUCCGGACCCACAGAAGCCCCGUCUCUAGUCGAGGGAGAGAACCCACUUGCAUUCCUGCGGACUCAGCCUCAGUUCCUGCACAUGAGGACGGCCAUCCAGCAGAACCCGGCUCUGCUGCCGGCCCUGCUGCAACAGCUGGGCCGAGAGAACCCCCAACUCUUACAGCAAAUCAGCCAGCACCAGGAGCUGUUCAUCCAGAUGCUGAACGAGCCGGUCGGGGAGGGCGGGGAGGCGCCGGAGGUGGGAGAGCUGGGUGCAGCAGGGGAGGAGGGCGCGCCUGUCAACUACAUCCAGGUCACACCUCAGGAGAAGGAAGCCAUCGAGAGGUUAAAAGCGCUGGGCUUCCCCGAGGCACUGGUGAUCCAGGCCUACUUCGCCUGCGAGAAGAACGAGAACCUGGCGGCCAACUUCCUCCUGAACCAGGGGCUGGAGGACGACUGAACAGCAGCUUCCUGCUCCUCCCCCCCUCCUCCCUCACCCUCUACAGCUCAGCAUAAAAGACUGCACCCCCCCUCCCCCCACACUUACUGUACAGCCACCACUCGACAGGAGGGGAGGAGAGGGGGGUGAGGGUGGGACGGGGUUACGGUUUAAACGCUACACUCAGUCACGUGCAGGGAGGCGGAGGAGACGGCGAGAUCCACGAGAAUUCCAAUGGAAGGUGUGGUCUUCGUCCCGGGGAGACGUAUAAUCUGAUUUUAGACGCGCUUUGUGGCGUAGAGUGGUGCAGAGAUGACCGAUUUCUGUAGUGGACCCUGAAGGCAGCAUCUCCCUUGUUCGCUCUAGAAAGGGAUUUGGGUUAUUGCAGAAAAGGAUCUCAACGUUCCGUAAAAAGAAUAUCCCCUCCGCUAAGCUAAAGGCGGCUAAUGCGAGGUGACGUUUAGUCGUCUCAUUUAGACACCUGUUAGCAACCGCUACGUUUAAGCUAAGCUACCAGCUAAGCUAACACCAACCAAAAACACAUUUAAAAAAAAACAAAACUUCAUACGAGGGAACAAGGAUAGAAUGCUGACUCAUUUCCUGUUUUAGGACUCAUUCCUGCACCACUCUACCAGGGACGGGGAGGGGAGGGGGGGUGUUGAGAUGAGAGUGUGUGCUUGUGUGUGUGAGUGCGUCCGUGUGGCUGUGUGGCUGGAUACAGGUGAACCUUGUAAACGGAAGAGAGUAACGCUGCACCGCCACAACAUUAUCAGUGUGUGUAACUGCUUGUGUUCCUCUGUUAGCAUCACGCUAGCGGAGAUGUUUGCUGGGGUCUGCCUGUCUGUCUGUUUGCGGGGGGGGGAAUGGGAACUAAACUGACAAAAAAAUGAAUCUGGUUAUUCUGUGCCUUUGUCCGUCCAUCGUCAGAGCAAACACUGCCUGCACCACGCCACAGAUUCAGGUUUAAUACCAGGUCGAUCACACAGGGAGGUCGCUCCGGGGUCUGAUGGUGCUAAACAGAGGAAAUCAGCUGGGAGAGAAAGUCUGAAAUAUAACGAACAAUAAACCCGUUCAAUAACCUAAAGCAACUCAACAAACACCGAGUCAGAGGUGGGAGAAGUACUCAGGUCUUGUACUUGAGUAAAGUAGAAGUACUCAGGUCUUGUUCUUGAGUAAAGUAGAAGUACUCAGAUCUUGUACUUGAGUAAAGUAGAAGUACUCAGAUCUUGUACUUGAGUAAAGUAGAAGUACUCAGGUCUUGUACUUGAGUAAAGUAGAAGUACUCAGGUCUUGUACUUGAGUAAAGUAGAAGUACUCAGGUCUUGUACUUGAGUAAAGUACAAGUACCAGAGUGUAGGAAUACUCUGUCACAGUAAAAGUAUUCUAAAUGUUCCUCCAGUGAAAGUAGAAAGUACUCUCCUCUAAAUGUACUUAAAGUAGCGACAGUAAAAGUAGUCAUUGUCUGAUUGAUCCAUUUCAGAAUAAUAUCUCUGAUAUGUUUUAUAAUGAUUGAUCAUUAAAGUGUUCUCAGAGCUGGUAAAGGUGCAGCUAGUUUGAAUGGCUUUGUAUACUGCAGGGUAGCUGCUGGAUUUACUGCAGGUGAACUACAGUCUGAUUUAAGGGAGAUUAUAUUUACCAUCAUUAAUCCUAAUCUGCCUAGCAACUAAAGGGAUUAAAUACAUGUAGUGGAGUAGAAGUACACAGUAGUAUAACAUGAUCAACCACUUGAGUAAAUGUACUGGGUUACUUUCCACCUCUGCACUUAGUAAAGUAAUAUGAGACACAUGGUCUUGGAUAUUGCAAUAUUCCAUUUUUUUGAUUUAGAUAAAAUGUGGAUUAAUUGUGCGGACCAGAUUCUGACACCGGCCUCUAAGGGAUCCUAGUUUUACCCUCUCAGAUGCAGCUGCUGAUGAAGGUACAUUUUUGUUGUAUAUUUUCUUUUAAUUUGACCGACAGACAUUAAACCAAAACAGUAAAAUACUGCCUUUAAAACUUUCUCUCUGUGAGGUGAAAACCCAUCGGUAGAUAAUCCUCGGUAUUCAUCGCGACAGGAGCAAACAUGAAUCCUCUUUAAGGUUUGAUUGCACCAUGAUCUGACCGUGUGCCGGGCUACCAUGAACACACUUCAGCGAGAGAGACUGGGAGAUCUGGAGUGAACCCUUAUCUUCUCAAACUGGGAACAAUAUGUUCUAAACCGAAUGCGUAUCCGUAAUCCAACGCGUUAUUUAUGGAAAAACACGCAUUUUUUUAGUUUGAUAGUGAGCCUCAGCUUCUGUUUGGCGUAGCCAGCAAAUUCAAAGUGUGUGCAACCAAUCAUAGAAGAGUAAAGCCAGACCAAAGCUAUGCAUUGAUUAAAAACAGCUCCUGUAACCCAUUGUGAGAUUUAUAUAAAUUAGAUUCUUUAUUGAUCCCAAAUUGGGAAAUUCUUGCAUCACAGGAGCAGCAGUGUGUUCAUUCAAACAUUUGAAAGGUGGAAUAAAGUUUAGACAUGAUCAAAUCUAAACAUUUACAGCAAAUAAUAUGAAGUAGUAAAAUUUCCUAUGUGAAUAAAGUCUCAAAAACGCCCCAAUAACACGUUAGGAAGUUCCCAAAACUGAUGUAAAUAAUCUCAGAAAGUAAAUGUGAAAUGUCAGUGGAAGUCUUAACAAAUAUAUGUUAAAUAUCUAAAGACAGAAAUAAUGACUGGCUUAUUUUCUUCUGUAAGAGUCAUCACAAAGAUAUAACUGGAUCUCACGCACUGGUUUUCUAAAAUGUUCAGACAAAGCAAACUUUGUUAACAAAAUAAAAGCCGGCGUCGAAUAAAUCUGACAAAUUGAAUUUAAAGACAUAAGUUUGUAAAAUGUGAACAAUAAAUGUAAGAGAUAAGAAACAUUUAGACAUGAAUAUGAAACAAAAGGUAAAUAAACAGCAGAAAUGGAAAAACAGGUUAUAAAUAGAAGACAAUUCAAAACAACUGUUACCUCCACAGAUUGAAGAACAGACCCCAGCUGGGAUUUUACACUCUCAUCUUCUGUGUGCAGAAAUAGGAAAUUGAAAAGUUCCUCAAUCUGUUGGAUAUGCUCAAUAAAAAAAGCCACCUUUAAAUAUUGCUGACUCAUGUUUAAACCUCAUGAACUCUAGAGACAGGACCAGAACCGAAAGGCAUCAGCACUAACCCUGCAGAACCAAUCUGAGUCUGAUCUAUUCUCUGCACAGCCUCCAAUAAAGAGUCCUGUUGAGGCUGGGAACCAGCAGCAGCUGA